AUGAGCAGUGCGCGGGUGAUUGAUGCGCUCUUUGAGCGCACUGUGGAUAUUGUCCAGUCGCUUCCGCCGACAGGUGCGAUCCAGACAUCGUACGAGGAAAAGCUGCUGCUCUAUGGACUGUACAAACAGGCGACCGAAGGCGAUGUAGACUCGCGCCGCCCCGGCAUGUUUGACAUGCUCGGACGCGCCAAAUGGGACGCGUGGGAGCGCCAGCAGGGCUACUCGCAGCAGGACGCCAAGCAGCUCUACGUCGAGAGCCUGCUCAAGGUCCUGCGCCGCUUUGGCGACCGGCCACAGGCCAUCUCGCUCAUGGCCGAGCUCGAGGCAUAUAGCGGCGACAUUGCGGAGCAGGUCAUGGACGGCACGCUCGCCGAGACCGCGUCGCUGCACUCGUCCAGCGUGUCGCACAGCCCGCGGACGCGCCAGGCGUACGCCGCGAGCCAGGACGAGCUCGCGUCGUCGAUUGCCGACGAGCUCGACGUGCAGGCGGCGUACCGCCCGCCGCCGCGCCCGCGCGAGGGAGAUACCAACACGGGGAGCGGCUCGCACUCCCACGAGACGGUGACCGUCUCGGACAUGCCGCGCUCGACGCAGGAACGAGCGCUGCGCACCACGACCAAUACACGCAACGCCGCCGAGCGCACGCCUACGCCGCAGUGGCAGGAGCCCAAGCCGCGCCGGCAAGCGCCCAAGCCGCGUGCCUCGAUGCGUGCGCCCCAAGCGCCGCCGAGCGUGCAGAGCAAGACGAGCGAGGGCGCCUCGCGCUCGUUCAUCUCGGCGCAGCCCUCGCUCGAGGCGGCGGGCCGCUCCGCGCGGGGCGGGCCCAUGGGGCGGUACACGCCGAGCAGCGUCGGCGGCCGCUCGUCGCUCGGCCGCGCCGCGCCGCCCGUACGGCGGCCUGCGGAGAAGAGCGAGACGGAGCAGACGCUGCGUGCGAUCCAGGCGUCGCUCAUGGCGCUGACCGAGCGCCUGGAUAAGGCGGAGAACAACAUGUCGCACACGCCGGCGCGCCCGGAUACCGCGCAUGCGCUCAAGGCGACGGUCGCCGCCGCGUCGCACGCGCUGUACGACGUCGGCGUGCUCCUCGGCAUGGUCGGCCACCGCGAGGCGCGUGCGCCGAGCUACGAGGCGUGGCGUGCGCGUGGCGAUACGGGGCGGCCCGCGCCGAGCCUGUGGCAGCUCCUGCUGCGUGCACCCCUCAAGUUUGCGGCGAGCGUCGCGUCGAUCGCCUUCCGCCUCGUGCUCGACAUGACGAGCCUCGUGCUGAUGGCGAGCGUGCUGAUGGCGCUCCUGCGCCGCGUGUCCGGCCGCGGCGACCCGUGGAUCGUGCUGCGGCUGCUGACGCAGGCGAGCGCGCGCCUGCGCUUCUUCCAGGUGGCCGCGAACCGCCGCGCGGCGGUGCGCGCGCUCCUGGCGAGCGCGCUCGUCGGCGGCGUCGUGAUGGAGUCGCGCAACGGCGGGCUCACCAUGUAG